UCCGCACUCAUCUAGCGUUCGACCAUGGGCAACGAGGUGAGUCGCCCUGCGGACCUGAGUCCGCAGAGCUCGGGCGUGGUGCCGCCCCGCUCGGCGUAUACGCCAACGGGCGAGUCCUCACGUCGCGCACAGAGCUUCAGCACGCGCUCUCCGUCUCCGUCGCCAUCUGCAUCAAACGCUCCACCUCCGCAACGCCGGACCAGCAGCAGCUCGAGUCUGGGCUCAAACCCUAGUUCGACUCCUACUUCAAACCCUAAAAAGGAGCGCACCAUUCAGCGCAUGGAUAAAGCUAUCCGCCGCCGCGUGCGGGGCGGCAUCACGUACAAUAUGAAGCUGUUGGUGCGUGGCGCAAAGGGCACAGGCAAGACGUCGCUAUUCCAGCGACUCAAGGGCGAGCCCAUCCCAGAGACACACCAGUCCACGCCACAGCUUCAAUCUGCCACAAUAAACUGGAGUUUUCGGCAAAAUUUGGAGGAAAACGUCAAAUGUGAAGUCUGGGACGUCGUGGAUAAAGGAUUCGUGCCUGUAGAGACUGAAGAAGGGGCAGAAGAUGACUCAACAAGACCCCAGCAUGCUAACACCGCGGUCAGUGCUGAACACGGAGGACUGCAGAGUGGAGGGAGCUUAUCAGCAGAAGCUAGCGCCGCUGCAGCCGCAGCAGCUGCUGCCAUGCAGAACGGGACUCAUUCUGUAGCCAUAGUGGACGCUUCGACCGUGGACGUGUACCAUGAAGCUCACGGGGUGAUCUUCUUAUUGGAUAUUACUAAGUGGGAUACCCUGGAGUACGUGAAGCAGCAGCUGGACAAUGUACCGGUCCAUAUUCCGACCUUAGUGCUGGGCAACUUUAGAGAUCAAGGCGCGCAGAGGAAGAUCUUCAAGGAAGAUAUCCAGGAACUGCUCUAUGGAUCUAGUGACAGACCGCAACCGCAGCAGUGGAGAAGACCGAUGGAGUUGCUGUAUUUUGAGUGUUCUUUGCUGAAUUGUUAUGGACUAAAGUCUCUGCAUCAAUACUUUGGAAUCCCGUUCUUGCAGUUGAAGCUGGCGACUAUCAGACAGCAAAUGCGGAUCGUGGAAGGAGAGUUCGCACAUCUGAAGCACGAUGUGCAGGCUACAAUCAGUGAACAGCGUUACUCUGAGUAUGUGGAGCAUAUCAAAGUGACAGGAUCGGACAUUCGGACAGGUAGACGAGGCUCAGGAAACGGGAGUACCCCAUCAGCGCCGUCUAGGAGCGAUUCAGUCAGGUUAUCACCCAGGGAAAGCAGUCAAACGAAGCCGGUGACGCAGCAAGAAGGUGCAGAUGAUGACGUCAGUGUCGUUGGUAAGGAGAAUGGCGCUGGAACUCCUCCAAAGUCGCCAACAGAGGUGGCUGCUGCAACUUCGGAGGGCACUGAAGCAUCACUGAAGGAGCAGGAGGAAGCACAAUCUCAGGAUAUGGAGGAUUUACCUGCGAGAACCAGCAGUGUUGUUAUUCAGACGGCGCCGCAACUGAAAUUUGAGCACAAGGAAAGCGUGACGUCUUUUCCGGAUGAGAUACCGGAAGAUAAAGCCCCGAAGUAUGAAGAUAACGCUGCGAUGCCUAAAGGACAAAGCAGCAAGGCUUUAGUAACAAGUAAUGCCAGCCCGAGUCGUCCUAGGAAGGCGUCAGUGGAAGAGGUGAUGCAUCUUGAAGACUUUCAGGUGCCAAAAGCACGUAUCAGUGACCUCGAUCACUUCUACUCGGAGAGUGAAAGUGACGAAGAUGUUGGCGAGAAUGACGAGGUUGUGGUGGUGGCGCCUGUGGAUAGAUCAAUGGGCGGUGUUUCCCACAAGCAGCGAUUUCUAGACUCGGAUUCUUCGGAUUCGGAUGAAAGGGAAUCAACUAGUCGAAGUAUUCGAAAGGAAAGGGCGUCUCGAAAGAGCUCUCAUCGUCGUACAGCGGCAAAGCAGGGAAAUGCAUCAGGCCAAAAUGAUCUUAAACCCCCUCAAUCAUCUCGCCCCACACCACCACCAGCAACAGCUUCCCCAAAGCAAAGUAGCAGACCGGGAUCUCCAGCGAGAGCAAAACCUACUAGCCCCGCGAAAGAUUCUCAGGCUGCACCAACGCAGCCACAGGCAUCUAGCCCAACCAGCGGCGUAGUAGAUGUAACGCGGACACCUCCUGCUGCUCCACCUUCGACGUCUCCCGUUCGGGAUCCUAGUCCAACAACCAAGGGCGAUGAUUCUGUCGAAGUUGCACAUGAAAUUCGGGUAUCGAUGUCGCAAGGUGAGGGUGAAGUAGAACAGGAGACGCCGUCGAGCGAGGAGCCUGGAUUGACAGAAACAGAAGCUGCUGUUCCGCAAGAGUCUUCUACCAAGCACGAGAGCUCGAAAAGUCCUGCUGCUAGUACACGCGCUUCCAGCGAGGAUGAAGCUGACGAUGCUGGCGUUAUCGAGAGCGUGGUAACGCACACGGCCAUUAACAAGGAAGCCAACGCCUCGAUCGUUCCGGUCAAAGAGAUCACUCUUGUCAAUGAUGACGACGCCAACAGUGAGCCAGAGGAUGCUGACCGUGUUCCAAGCGACCGUGGAAGCAGCCCUAUCGAAAAGAAAGAUGAAGCAGCAUCUGCUGAUGCCGAUGUGGACGAAUUGGUUGUUGCUGCCAGCUCCAAUGAGUUGAAUACUUUCCUCGCAGAUGAUGAUAGCGAUGGAAAAGAAGAUGCUGAUAACGCUGUUGCAGCAUCGCAAGAGAACGUGGUUGAAGCCGAGCAACCAGUGCUGUCGAAAGCUUUGCGCCCCGAUGCACUCGCAAACGAUAGCGACAAUGACGGUGAUACAAACGUGAGGAAUGUCUCAGCUAAUGAGUCGCUUUCUUCACUGCAAGCAUCUCUGCCAAUGCCCGAGCCUACAGUGUCUCCGUCCGCACCUUCCAUGUCGAAUUCAAUGGGAAGCACUAGUUCCGCGACUCAGGGCCAGGAAGAUGUGUUGGGCCACUAUCACAAGAGAAACCACGACGAAUCUGGUGACCUCAUGUCGUUAUCAUCCCUCCAAGCUUCGCUUCCGCUACCGAGUGAGACCACGGCACCAAUGUCAACCUUGACUAGCACGAAGAAUACGUCCGUGGACUAUGCUAACGGUGCUAACGGUUCCAGUACGAACACAGCUCUCCACUUGUCGGACCUUCAAUCGACCCCCUCCAAUGCGAUCGUUCCUGACUUCGCGAGUAUUGUGCCAAGCAACGAUCUGGAGGAUUUUUUGAACGAAAGUGAUAGCGAUUCAGAUAAUGCACCGCCAACUUACGCUGAUCCGCAGUCAAGUAAACAAGGACAAAACAGCACAAGAGCGAUAGUGGAGUCAAGUGAAGAUGAUGAAGAUCGAUUUGCGAGUUACAGUAUCAGUAAGAAGAGCAGGUCGGAGCGGAGACGUCAGCAGAAAGAGGAGCUACGGCAACUGAAUGCUGCUCUGGACGUGGACAAGGACCCCUUUGCUCCUUCAACGAGUAGUGUAGCCGUCUUGGACUCGUCAUUCGGGACCUCAGACGUGAUGGAGGCCAUUCGUAAAGCACAAGAAGAGGCCAUGCGAAUGCUCCCGACCGCAACCGCACCGGUUGAUGACGACGUCGACUCGAGUUCAUCGAAGAAGAAAAAUAAGCACAAACACAAGAAGGAGCACAAGCACAAGAAGCGAGAAGACGCGGACGGUUCCAAAGAGAAGCCAUCGAAGAAAAGCAGUCGGAAAUCCGGAUCCCGCUCAAAGAAACGCCGUCCUCAUGUGGAAGACGAUCUCAUGUGAAGCGGUGAAAUAACACUGAAACUAAGUGUGGAGCUAUAGAAGCACGGAAGAAUUUUUCGAUCUUGCCAAAUUCGUCCUAUGAACCCGUUGCGACCGUCGCUGUAAGUUACUGCAACCCAUACUAAUUCGUUCUUGUCAACGAUCAACGGGCUCGACACAAUGUGUAGCGAAUUCUCGAGUAGUCCAUCUGUCCAGCUAUGAAACGUCUGAUGCGUUUCUGAAGUCAUAUUGCAUUAAUACUAAGACUCAUAAGGACGCGAAAGUCUCGAUUUAGCGGUUUUUCCUUUGCACUUCUGAAUUUGGAGGAUGACCACUGAAUCCAUAUUUGGGUUCCAGAAGAAAAGCUUGGCUA